GACGAUACAAUUCGAUCCAUAGCAGCAGAGCCCGAGCUACGAGUGCUCAAGUGGCUGUAUACCUGCGAGCCCAAGAUAUUCAUGUGGUGUGAGAAGAGAAAAUUCAAGUAUGCCUCGCUCAAGGGCAGGAAGGACGUGGUGUACUGGCUGGCGAAAUGGUUCCCUGAUACAGUCCGAUCUCUGAAAUUUGCUGCUCGUGGAGGCGAAUUGGGCCUCAUCAAGUGGCUGAUAAGCAAUACAAAAUGGGAUACAGACCUCGAGUGGCUGGUCAAGUUUCUGCAUGCCAAUCGCUCGGAAGGGUGUACGACCAGGGCGAUGGACUCUGGAGCGGGGAAUGGUCAUUUGGAGGUUGUACAAUGGCUACACGAGACUCGAUCGGAAGGCUGCACUGUCGAUGCGAUGGAUUCUGCAGCUGCCAGAAAAUGGUCUAAAGAAACGAUGGACGCAGCGGCAAGUCACGGGCAUCUCGAGGUUGUGAAGUUUCUGCAUAACCACCGUCGUGGAGGCUGCACCCGAAGUGCAAUGACCAAAGCAGCGCAGACCAACCACUUGGAUGUGAUCAAAUGGCUGCGCGCGAAUAGGCGGAAAGCCAGCACAGAAGCGGCGAUGAACGCGGCGGCGGCGUGUGGCUGUCUUCGGGUGGUGAAGUGGCUCUAUGAGAACGGCCAAGGCGGGUGCGCAGUAUCUGCCAUGACUAAUGCAGCUAGUUGUGGCUACCUCAAUGUCGUGAAGUUUUUAGCUGCGAAUUACUCGCUGGAUUGGUCAGAGGAGGCAAUUGCAAAGGCAGUGUUACACGGCCAAACCGAGACGGUGAAUCUUCUGGAGUUCAUGAACAAGGAAACGGAGUAUUGCCACAACCCGUCAAUUUUCUACUCCGGGCGUGGCAACAAGUUCCCCGAAGUGGUGGAAUGGUACAAGGACCACUACGACAACCCAAACAAGCGCAAGCACUGA